UCCAAAAAUCCGUUUUAUUUGCGAGUAAAAUCAUUCCAUUCUCAUUCCAUUCCAUUCUCGUUCCAUUCCAUCCAAAAAUCAUUCAUUCCAUGGCAAAUAAAACACACCCAAUAUUGAUCAAGGAAUUAUGUACAAUUUUAUUUUCUAUAGUCAAGUUAGACUUUAGCAUCUCAUUUUAGUAUCCAAGUUACGCUUGUGGUUCUGUAUGCCUUGCAGUCAAGCAUUUCAUGAAAGAAUCCUACUCGAUAAAUUCUAUUCCAUUCAAUCGUCUGACUAUAUUUUCUACUGCACGUGUCAUUCAUCAUAUCGCAUAAAUAAUUAUAAGCAAUGGCGAAAGCUAAGGGAAAGAAGAAGGGAAAAUCCCCCGAAAAAGGGAAAGAACUUUCUCCCGAACUCGCCCAGUUUCUUUCCGCAGGCAACACGGAUGCCGAUGAGGGGGAAGAGACCGGUGCUGAUGAAAGUACCACUGCGACCGACUCCAAGAAAAAGAAGGGCAAAGGAAAAGGCAAGGGUUCCAAACGGAGCAAAGGGUCCAAGGGCAAGAAGGGCAAGAAGAAGAAAAAGAAGGCGAAAGAAGAAUCCACGCCCACUGAAACGAAGCCUCAGUACACCCAAAAGGACAUUGAUGACUACCUCCGAGCCAAAGAGAAGAAGAAAAGGAAGCAGAGGGAGAUGAGAUUGGUGCAAAUAUUGAAUUUUUGA